GACCGCUUGCGACACGAGGAAGAAGGCCCAUGAGCCAGGCGCUGUCUUCAUAGGUUCUAGGGUUCCCCCGCUUGCUGUCCGGCUUUCCGGACCGUCUCUUCCCCCAGGAACCGGGACCUGCGCCCUCAUGGCCGAGGUGAAGGUGAAAGUGCAGCCGCCCGACGCGGAUCCGGUCGAAAUCGAAAACAGGAUUAUAGAAUUAUGUCACCAGUUCCCUCAUGGAAUCACAGACCAAGUAAUUCAGAAUGAAAUGCCGCAUAUAGAAGCCCAGCAGCGGGCAGUGGCCAUCAAUAGACUGUUGUCCAUGGGUCAGCUGGAUCUCUUAAGGAGCAAUACAGGCCUUCUGUAUAGAAUAAAGGAGUCUCAGAAUGCUGGCCCUGUCUCAUUCUUUUUAAGUAAAAUGAAAGGAUCAGAUAACCAGGAAAAACUAGUAUAUCAAAUCAUAGAGGAUGCAGGAAAUAAAGGAAUAUGGAGCAGAGAUAUCCGAUACAAAAGCAACUUGCCAUUAACAGAAAUUAACAAAAUUCUAAAGAAUCUGGAAAGUAAAAAGCUAAUUAAAGCUGUUAAGUCUGUGGCAGCCUCAAAAAAGAAGGUGUACAUGCUCUAUAACCUGCAGCCAGACCGCUCUGUGACUGGUGGAGCCUGGUACAGUGACCAGGAUUUUGAAUCUGAAUUUGUAGAGGUGCUUAACCAACAGUGUUUUAAAUUCCUACAAACCAAGGCAGAAACAGCACGAGAAAGCAAACAGAAUCCAAUGAUACAAAGAAAUAGUUCAUUUGCUUCAUCACAUGAAGUGUGGAAGUAUAUCUGUGAAUUGGGGAUCAGUAAGGUAGAGUUGUCCAUGGAGGACAUUGAGACCAUCUUAAAUACACUCAUUUAUGAUGGGAAAGUGGAGAUGACUAUCAUCGCUGCAAAAGAAGGCACCGUAGGCAGUGUGGACGGACACAUGAAACUGUACAGGGCAGUCAAUCCUAUCAUCCCGCCCACGGGAUUGGUGCGGGCCCCCUGCGGACUCUGCCCGGUUUUUGACGACUGCCAUGAAGGUGGUGAGAUUUCACCAUCUAACUGUAUUUACAUGACAGAGUGGCUCGAAUUUUAAUAGAGAGCUAUGAACUUUACUGACAUUUUGCAAAUGAAGUUACUUUGGGAACAAAUAAUUUGAUUCAUGAUGGAACAUCAAAUUCCCUUGAAAGCAAACUUCAAGAUAAAAACUUGCUGCUAUGAAAAAAAUUUUUUUAAUCGAUGAAGACUAAAUUUACAUUGGUAGAGUAGGCAACAGUGAAAUCCAUUCUUUCAUAAAUAAAAUACUUUGAACUCCUGAAGACCACCUUCUGAAGCUUUCAAGACUUUUGAUGAUUCACGGGAAAAGAAGCAAAUAUGUUCAUAUUCACCAAGUACUGUGAUAACGGCUAGAGCUUUAAAAUGCCUGUUUUAAAGUUACUUAUUAAGGUCUUCAUUGGGAAAUUUUUGUAUAUGACCCAGUGUCACCAUUUCUGUUUUCUCAGUGGUUUCAUUGAGAAGAAAUGAAAAAGAAGGCAGGAAUAGCAGGGGAGAACGCAGACUUGGGGCAUGAGGGGGGGACACAGUGGAACAUCCCUUUUCUACACACUUGAUGCCUUUUUGUGUCCGCAGUAUUCUUUCAGAGGAUUAUGCCUCUGUACUUACCUCAAACCCAAAUGACGCUGUUGUCAAGGAUAUCUUUUUAGUGUAUAAAUUACUCUCAUCCUAAAUGGAAUAUUUUCACUGGUUCUUCUUUGUUAAAAGUCUUACAAGUUUCACUCUGUGGCUCAAUUGUAUUAUUCGCUAGAAUUUUCCCCUAGAUUCGUAUUUAACUAAAAUUAAAACUAAAGAGAAUCCAUUGCCCUCCAUUCACUUUAUUGGGCGGGGUGGGGGCGAUUAUCAUUCUUCUUUCCUUAUCCUGUUUUAGAUUUUUUUCCAUAUUCUGUUCUAAAAUUCAUGGUGUAAUAGGUCUAAACUAAGCAGGAAGCCAUUAUAAUUGUCCUCAGUUCUAAUAGCACUUUCAGUCCCAAUCUUCAGCUCAACAGAAAACAAUAGGUUACUUGAUGUAUUGUUACACAGAAGUUAGCUAUAGGUCUUUUUAGGAUCUCAGCUGUCAUAUUUUCACUUUGUAGCGCCACUUAAAAGUUUCUGGGUCCAGGCCAAAAGCGGGGGACCGAGGGAAAGGAAAGCUCUGCUGGGGCCUGUGUUCAAACACCAGGUUUGGAGAGCCAACACAAGGGUUAUUUUGAGAUAAACAGUAAAAUAAAAUUCAGCUCAGUAUCCAAUUUUUAAGAACCAGAUAAAUUCUGUGGCCAGCUGUACAGAAUUAGCAUUUGGUGACACUGGUGCUUUGAAACAAAGAUCAUUUCAAGUACUAGAUGUGUAAGAUCCAGAAGAAUCUGGGAGCCUGAAACUACAGAGGGUUUCCGAUCCACUCUCAGAGAGCUGGAAUGCUAAGAACAAUAUCUGCCCUUCCUGGGACCUAGCCUGUCACAGGGGCGCUUGUCUUAUUUAAUGACAAAACUGAGCUUGGAGGAGACUUAGAAGUGGAACGAAGGAAGCAGUUUGUGUUUUAAAUACACUUUGUACUGUAUCUUGACAGCCAGAGAUUUUUUUAAGUUUACAAUCAGUAGCUAAAACAAAAGUAUUCCUUGCCUACCAGAAUAAAGAGCUCCUAUAAACUUU